AUGCUGGAAGAGGACGAAAAGAUUGAGAAAAUAUGCUGCGUUUGCAAGAAGGAGGCAAACAAGCGGUGCUCCCGGUGUGCCAUGGUGUUUUACUGCAGCACCGAGCAUCAGCAGCAGGACUGGAAGACACACAAGAGUGUCUGCCACCCGUUUAAAAUCUGUUCCAAUGAACAGUUCGGUCGGUUUCUGGUAGCGACGCGGGAUAUAAAGGCCGGUGAGAUCGUGCUCAAGGAAUCGCCAUUAGUGUUUGGACCGGCGCAGAUUACCGGACCAGUAUGCGUUGGAUGCUUGCAGGGCUUGGAGGAGAAGAAGCAUCUGGAGUGCGAGAAGUGUGGGUGGCCCGUCUGCAAACGAUCAUGCCAGGAUCACUCGUCACACCAGGCGGAGUGUAAGUUCACCGUAGCACGGGGCAGCAAGGUUUCCAUUCAACACUACUACGUGCCGCAUCCGACGUACCAGUGUCUGAUGCCAUUGCGUUGUUUGCUGCUCUCCGAGACCGAUCCGGCCAAGUGGAAUGCACUGGAGCGGUUGGAGUCCCACGACGAGGAACGGCGUGGUUCUGAGCAGUGGCGGAACGAUCGGGAGGGAGUGGCCAAGCUUAUUCCCCGCUUUUUCAAGUGUGAAAACAAAUGGGACGAGGACGAGAUCCUGCGGGUUGUCGGCAUCAUUCACGUGAACGGCCACGAGGUUCCGCUUACCGACCCGUCCUCGGUCGCGAUCUACAAUAUGGCCUCGAUGCUGGAGCACUCCUGCCGGCCGAACUUGGCGAAGAGCUUCACCAAUCGGAACGAGAUCGUCAUCUGGGCGCCGAACGCGAUCCGGCGCGGCGAGCGGCUCAGUAUCUGCUACACCGACGUAAUGUGGUCCACCGGCAGCCGGCUCGAGCACCUGCAGCAGACAAAGAUGUUCCGCUGCGAGUGUGAACGGUGCAGCGAUCCGACCGAGUACGAGACGUACUUCAGUGCGCUCCGAUGUUCCGGCUUCCAGAAGGACGGCAAGUGCAAGGGGUACCUGCUGCCGGUGGACAAGUCCGAGUGGACCGGCGAUUGGUGCUGUCUGCGGUGCCGUAAGGAGGUGACGGGGGCGGCCGUCUGCCAGAUCCUGGAGCGGUCACGGAUGGAUCUGGAGGCGAUGCAGAAACAUCGCGAGGACCACUGUAACAAGUACAUUAAACACUACUCGAAGUGGCUCACGCCGAACCACCAGUUCAUGGUGGACGUGAAAAUAUCGCUGUCGCAGGUGAUAGGCGGCAACAACCCGGAGGCGAUCAAGAAGAUACCGUACGAUAAGCUGAUGAACAAGAUCAAGAUCUGCCAGGAGCUGAUUGCGCUGUUCGAGAAAAUCUGUCCGGCCGAAGCACGCGCCUUUGGAGCGACCCGGUUUGAGCUGCAUGCAGCCCUCGCGGAGCUGGGACGACGGUCCACGGAAUCGAACAAUGCGGCCGCGUCCGUACAGCUCGAGGAUUCGCUGUACAAUGCAAUGGAGUGCGUCCGAAUGCUACUGCACGAACCGUCCGCUCUGAUGGAGAGUAAAAUCUGUGCCCAAGCAAAGCAGAACGCCGAAACGUUGAAGGCUCUUCUAGGAAUCAAAGAUUGA